AUGAAUAAAAUAAUAAUAUAUACAACCUUUAUCAUAUUAUUUUUAACAAAUAUAUGCUAUUGUCAAAGAGAAGAUUCCGAUUUAUAUGCUCUUACCACCCAUGGAAGUGACGCUUCUAAGUUGAAUUUAAUUGUAACCCCAAAAUUUGGAAAUAAUCUUUUGUUAGAAAAAACCAUCCAAUUACCAUCAAAUCUUUCAAUCCAAGCUAUUACAUACCUCGACUCUACAAAUGAUUUUGUCACCAUAUUGUGCGCAUCAAAUACUCCAGGCCAAACAACUCAAACCUUCAACUUAGUUAGUGUUAAUGUAACUACCGGUCAACAAACAAUAACAAAUGGAAUUACCUAUUCAUCAGGUGCUUUAAAUAUUGAAAGUGGUUACCAAAACUAUAUUAUUUCACAACCAAACCACAUCUAUUUAAUUGAUCCAAAUAACAAUAGCAAUGGUAUUAAAUUAAUCGAUUUAUUCUUUUAUAGUAGUCUUCCAUCCUAUAAAACUCUUCCAAGUGCUGAAUUUUUCAUUGAAAACACCCAAGAUUUUGACACUUCUUUUGGUCCAGUCGGUGCUAUAAGUAUUGAUGGCGGCAAUUUAAUAGUAGUUUAUAAAAGCACUAGCAAUCCUGAAUACGUCGCAACCAUUAUUGUCUGCAAUUUAAAUGGUACUGAAACCGGUGAAUCCAGCUCAAGCUUAUCUCCAUUAGAAGUCUAUAAUAUCAAAUUAUUUUAUGAAGUUAGUUUAAUUACUCAAAUUUAUACUGACCACAUUGGUAACAUCUAUAUUGUCCAAAAUGAUACCCAAAUAUGCCAAGUUAACCUCGACACCAACUAUUGCGACAUCCUUCCAUAUUUAAGAGGAACUACCACCCUUCCAAACUUUAACUAUAACCCAUUCCUCAUUCCACAAAGUAAAUUAGAUAUUAUCUCCAUUGAAAUUGAAAACAAUUCUAUUAGCUUUACCGAAGCAGGUUAUAAUUGGGCAUGGUCUGCUGGUUUUGUUAUUCCAAACUACUGGCAAAACAACUUACCAGGAUCCUACACUUAUUUUGCAAUUUAA